AUGGUGAUCUAUUUGCACUCACUCGAGGAGAUUUGGAAGAAUCGAAAUCGCAUUGUUUAUGAUAGGGUUGCAAUGGCGGGCGUUAUCUCUGCGGCUUCUGCUUUCGCUUUCGGAUCUUGCAAGGAAGGCUGGUACUAUCGCUGCAUCGGUGUCGACCCGUAA